AUGGCACCAUCAAUUGCCUUGUUUAUAAGCAUCUUGUCGAUCUUGCCGCUACACACACCCACCGCUGCCCAUAUUCCUAACGACUAUUCUACUACUAAUAUUGCAAAUCUUUCCACCACAUGGACCAACGAUGAAUCGGCUCCCAACUCGUUUAAUUUUCAAGAUGGGUCAAUGGUCAUAUCUAUAUUCUUCAUGAGUAGUAGUAGUAGUUCAUCAUCAGUUGAACCCAAAUUUGGUUGUGGGUUCAUCUGUAACGGAACUUGUUUACUUUACCAUUUUGGCAUAUUCAUUAUAAUUGUAGAUCCUGUUGACUUUGGUAGCGUACCUCCACAAGUUGUCUGGUUAGCAAACAGAGAUGAUCCAGUUGGACUUGGAGCAACACUGAGUCUUACAGCAGCUGGAGAGCUGGUUCUACGGAAUUAUGUUGGUACCACCGUUUGGACUAGCAAUACAGCUGGAAAGUCUGUCAUUGGCAUGAAUUUGACUGAUACGGGAAAUUUGGUGCUGUUUGAUCCCCAUGGCUCGGUGGUUUGGCAAUCAUUUGAUUAUCCAACUGACUCUUUGUUACCUGGCCAAAAACUGUCACAAGGACAGAAGCUGAUAGCUAGUGUUUCGUCAAGCAAUUGGACGACCCAACAAAGUCUAUAUUCGUUUACAGUCUCUCUUCACGGUUUGUAUGCUUUUUUUGAAUCAAACUCGCAUCAAUAUGCUUACUACAACUCGUCUGUUAGAUAUGCUAACAUGCCAGGCGAAGAAGAUAAAAUUAUAAGUCAUGUUAGGUUCUUGAAUGGUAGUUUGUCAGUCAUUUAUACAAAGAAAACGGGUAGCUUUCGAGGCUUUGAUAUCCCCUUUACAUCAUCCAUGUCUUACAUAAAACUAAUGUCAGAUGGGCAUUUGAAAAUGUUUGAAUGGAAAAAAGAGUGGAGCGUCGUGGCUGAUCUACUGUCUGCAUAUGGUGACUCAUGUCAUACAUACCCUCUGGCUUGUGGGAGAAAUGCCCUUUGCAUAAAUGAUAAUUGUGAAUGUCCAGGAGCAACAAACUUUCCAGUGAAAGAUUAUUUUAGAUCAGUAAAUGAGAAAGAACCUUAUCUCGGCUGCUAUGAAACUAUUCCCAUCACAUGCAAUGCUACGCAAGAUCAAGAUUUUAUUGAUCUUGGUGAUCACUUUGAGCAUUUUACCUUCCAGGUCGACAAAGAAGCAGUGGACUUGGAGACCUGCAAACAAGCGUGUUUAAACAAUUGUGCGUGCAAAGCAGUUGUAUUCCAGUAUAACGGGACUGCUGGGAAUUGUUAUUUACCUUCCGAGCUCCUUACUUUGAAAUCAUACUCAACAAAGGCGAGUAGAGUUUUCAUAAAAGUUCAGAAAGCGCUUCCUUUGGAUACCUUCCAAGCUUCUGGUCAAUUGAUAGAUAAAAAUUUCCAUGUUGAAAAGGCAUUAGGUAUCGCAAUUGGAAGUUUCUUGUCUCUGCUAGCUGUUGUUGGUUUUAUUGUUUUUGUAAUUCGCAAGCGAAAAAGGAAAUCUGAGAUAGAGGAAGAGUGUUUAGAUCAGGUGGCGGGAAUGCCCACUCGGUUUUCCUAUGAGGAACUGAAAACCGCAACAGAUAACUUCAGUAAAAGCCUUGGCCAAGGAGGAUUCGGGUCAGUCUUUGAAGGGAUUCUGGAAGACGGCAUGAAGAUUGCAGUAAAAUGUCUAGAAGACGUUGCACAAGUUAAGAAAUCAUUCCUAGCUGAGGUUCAAUCCAUUGGCAACAUUCAUCAUGUGAACUUAGUGAGACUAAUAGGAUUUUGUGCAUGGAAAUCAAAACGACUUCUUGUAUACGAGUUCAUGGGUAAUGGAUCAUUAGAAAGGUGGAUUUACCAUGGAGAUGGUGAGCACAUGCUUGAAUGGGCAUACAGAAAGAAAAUCAUUCUUGAUAUAGCCAAAGGUUUAGCAUAUCUCCAUGAAGAUUGUAGACAAAAAAUAAUCCAUCUUGACAUCAAACCUCAAAACAUACUCCUAGACGACCAUUUCAACGCCAAAGUAUCUGACUUUGGGUUGUCCAAGCUUAUCGAACGCAAUCAAACCCAGGUGAUGACUACCAUGAGAGGCACCCCUGGAUAUCUUGCUCCAGAAUGGUUGAGCUCAGUUAUCACCGAGAAAGUGGAUGUAUACAGUUUUGGGAUCCUUCUCUUGGAGAUCUUGUGUGGGAGGAAGAACUUUGACAUAUCCGAGCCAGAAGAAAGUCAGCACUUGCUCAAAUUGCUUCAAAAAAGCUGGCAGCAAGGAAUGCUGUUAGAUAUGGUCGACAAGUACAGCGAAGAUAUGCAAGCACAUGGUGCAGAAGUUGUGGAGAUGCUGAAAUUGGCUUCAUGGUGUUUACAAACUGACUAUACAGAAAGGCCUUCUAUGUCAUCAGUGGUUAAGGUGAUAGAAGGAGGGUUGAAUGUUGUUGAGUCAAACUUGGAUUACAAUUUCACGGAUCCAAGAAUGCAGAAAAAAGCAGUUGGACAUGAGGAAGAGUUGACUCAAUUGUUUCCUUCUCUUCUCUCAGGGCCAAGAUAAGAAAGAACUCCUGUGGUUCUGGUGGAUAUUUUUAUUAUGCACACUUCCAAUGCUUUUUGUAUUUCUAUCAGUCAUUGUUGUAUUUUUAUUGUAAGGCUUAAAAGCUAAUAAUAAUUUCCUAGUAAGUUAAGUAAAUUAUUAAGGAC